ACCUGUGUUUGAAAUUUUUGUCUCUUGAAACUUCAAGUCACUUCAAAUAAUUGAAUGCUAUAUUAACAUCGCAUUAAGUUGGUGUUUCUAGAUUGAUACUUACUUCAUCGAGGACGGUUGUAUCACUAUCGGUUGAACAUAUUUCCGCACAGGUUGACUUUGCCGCUCAGUAUUUAAAUUGUAUAUCGGAAUAGAACAGUCAUACCGUCGGUCACACAUGAUAAGUUUGUCUAAUGUUAGAUAACUUUCUUAUCGAAUUUGAUAAGUUUUGAGAAAAAUUAUAAGUGGACGCAAGAUUUUGCCACAAGCAAGUCACAGUGUUUUGAAUAUAGACGCGUAUUUUAAUCAACAGCCAUGAAGAUCGUAAUUUUCGGAUCCACGGGAACUACCGGCGUUUGUGCCGUUGAGGCAGCUGUAAAGAAAGGUUACGAGGUCCGCGCAUUCGUCCGCGACCCCGCGAAGUUACCCGAGACGCUGAGGUCCCAAGUCGAAGUGUUCAAGGGGGACGUGCUGGAAGCGGACUCUGUCACCAACGCGGUGGAUGGCACCGACGGCGUCGUCAUCGCCCUCGGCACCAACGGCAGCCUCGAGCCCACGUCCGAUAUGUCCGAAGGCACGAAGAACAUAGUUGACGCGAUGCGAGCGCAGCACGUUCACAACGUGUCGGCCUGCAUAUCGGCGUUCCUGUUCUAUGAUGAUGACAAGGUGCCGGAGCGGUUCAUACCGCUCACGAAGGACCACAAGCGGAUGUACGAGGAGUUGAAGGGAAGCGGUUUGAACUGGAUUGCCGUUUUCUCGCCGCAUAUUUCUGACGACCCAAGCCGAGAAAUCAUCGUGGAAAUAAACCCGGAGAAGUCCCCUGGCCGAGCCAUUUCUAAGCACGAUCUGGGACAGUUCUUAGUCGAUUCGCUGUCCAACCCAAAAUACCAUAAAGCAGUUAUCGGCCUCUGCAAUGUACCAAAACAGUAGAGUAACAACUCAAUUUAGACGUAUUAUACUGCCUGACGAAUGAAUGCACGGAGAAGAGGGAUGGAGCUAUACGAGGAAGCGAGAUGGAAAUAUUUUUUUUACCAUAGCCAAGAUAAUACGGAGAUUUUAUGUCUCCGGAUUUUUAUUAAGUCAUAUAGGCAAGACAAUAUUUUUUUGGAUAAUUAUUAUUCUCUAUAUGAAUAAUGCAUUGUUAUGUGAAUUGGUAUAUAUAUUUCUAGUUCAUGAUAGUAAUUUUGUUUAAUCUUUGUUUUUGCGUUUUAUCUGAAGAAUUUUAUUGCAUGGUUGUAACUGCAUUUAGAGUAUUUCAAUGUAUGCCGAUUUUUAGAUAAUAAACCUUAUUUGGUUGA